AUGGUCUACAGCUUCUUCACUAAAGAUCCACCAUUGCUGCAGGAAAUUAAUGAUAACCUAAGAGCGUUUUGGGAGAUAGAGAACGUCAGCAAAGUGGAUGAGGGACGAGCCCCUUUGAAUGAGAGUGACCGAAAAGUGCUGCAGAAUGCCAGAUCAUCAAUCAAGUUGGUGGAGGACAAGUAUCAGGUGGCCAUACCAUGGAAAGGACAGCUGUACCCAGAAAUGGCAAAUAGCAGUGAAAUUGCAGAAAAGAGGCUGAUGUCAACUGAAAACAAGCUGUUAAAACACCCAGAGAUCGCCAAAAGUUACUGUCAGGUCAUUCAACAGUAUCAAGGAAAGGGCUUCAUAAAGAAGAUCAAACAGUCAGAGGAAGAUCGGGAUGAUGAAAAGAAGAGUCAUCAGUGGUAUUUACCACACUUCCCAGUAUUACGCCCAGACAAGGCUACAACUAAAACCAGGAUAGUGUUUGAUGCAUCAGCCAAAGUUGCCGGGGACAGCCUUAAUGACAAGAUAAACAUGGAACCGAAGAUUCAAAAUGAACUUUUCGAGGUUUUAUUGCGAUUCAGAAGACACCCUGUCGCCAUAGUAUGUGACAUAGCAGAGAUGUACCUCCAGAUUACCUUGGAAGAAGAAGAUAAAAGAUAUCACAGAUUUCUAUGGCGGGACCUAGACAGGACUAGAGAUCCAGAGAUAUUCGAGUUCCAGAGACUGGUUUUUGGAAUCAACAGCUCACCGUUCCUGGCACAGUUGGUUUCCCAAGAGCAUGCAAGAGCCCAUCGGAAGCAGUACCCAAGAGCAGCAGAGACGAUCUUGAAGUCAACCUAUAUGGAUGACAGUCUAGAUUCUGUGAACGACGAUGAAGAGGGUAAAAAGCUGUACAGAGACUUAUCAGCAUUGUGGAAAGGAGCUGGAAUGCAUGCCAGAAAGUGGUUGUCCAACUCACCCGAAGUUUUAGCCAUCAUAACAGAUGAAGAUAGAGCUUCGGAGAUCAAUUUGGAGGAGGGAUACUUGCCAUCAGAAAAGGUCCUUGGAGUGCUGUGGAAGGCUGAAGAAGAUGCUUUCGCUUAUCAGCUGACGCCCCCUGCUGCUGAUCUCAAGCUUACAAAGAGGAGCCUACUGCGAAGAAUAGCAACCAUUUUUGAUCCCCUUGGGCUGAUGUCGCCAUAUGUUAUACAAGGAAAAAUCAUCAUGCAAGAUGUGUGGAUGUGUGGCGUUGAAUGGGAUGAAGAACUGCCGGAAAAAAUUGAAAAGAAAGCUUGGGAUUGGAUAGUUGAAAUAACAGAGUUAGCCCGGGCCAGGAUUCCUAGAUGCUUACAGCGAGCUGAGGAGAUGACAGGUUUCCAACUUCACACCUUUGGCGAUGCCUCGAAAGAUGCAUACGGGGCUGUGGUGUAUGCAAGAAGCACCUAUGCGAGUGGAAUGGUGGCCACACGGAUUGUAGCAUCCAAGACCAAAGUAGCGCCGUUAACCUCUGUGGGCAUCCCAAGACUAGAAAUGAUGGCGGCUGUGUUACGACUUCAACUCAGUCUGAGCAUUGUAGCAGCAUUGGAUAACAAUGUCAAGGAGGUGAAUUUUUGGAGUGAUAGCCAGAACGUCCUCUGGUAA